AAAGGCACUCAGAACCUAUAGCCCUUAUCCCCUAGGGCUACUAUUCAAUAAUAAGCUGUCCGAAGUUAUAGAAGCCUGAACAGACCCCAUACGUUAUCUAAACCAUGACAGAGGUAACCGGAAACCUGAAAGCUUCCGCCUUUGGCGCCUCCGCCUUCGACGACGCCUUCGACCACGAUUCCGACUCGUUUGACGACUCUGAAAUUCUCCAGGAGCUUGCUAUAAAAGACCAAACCAGUCUAAACCGCCAGAUUCACACCACAACUAUUCAUCUCCCCAAGCAAUCCACGCUCGGUGGCGGGAUUGUGCCCGGCCUGUACGAAGAGAUCCGCACCACCAUCUCGUAUGGUCCGACCCAUCACCAGUUCGACUAUCAGGCCCUCCAGAGCUACAUCUACCCGAUGAACUUGGAGCUCCGUGAUUACCAGUUCAACAUUGUCCGCCACACCUUCUACAAGAACUUGCUCUGCGCAUUACCGACCGGUCUCGGGAAGACCUUCAUCGCGUCCACGGUGAUGCUCAACUACUACCGUUGGGUUCCACAGGGCAAAAUUAUCUUUAUGGCGCCCACCAGGCCACUCGUGGCGCAGCAAAUCAAGGCAUUUUGCGGAAUCACCGGAAUUCCGCCCUCGGAUGCCGCGGUAUUACUCGACAAGACCAAGCGCAACCGAGAGGAGAUCUGGCGAGACAAGCGCGUCUUCUUCACCACUCCACAGGUGGUGGAAAAUGACUUGGCCCACGGAUCGAUUAACCCCAAGGAUAUCUGUCUCUUGGUGAUCGAUGAGGCUCAUCGGUCGAGGGGAAACUACGCGUACCACAACGUGGUGAAAUUCAUCAAUCGGUUCAACCAUUCCUACCGCUUGCUUGCAUUGACGGCCACGCCCGCUGCGGAUGUAGAGGGUGUUCAAGAAAUUGUGGACAACUUGGGGAUUUCCAAAAUCGAGGUCAGAACCGAAGAAAGUAUGGAUAUCAAAAAGUACAUGAUGGAGAAGGAGGUGGAACGGAUUAGGGUGGUCAACACCGAUGAGAUGGAGGAGCUUAUUGACUUACUCGCAGAGGCCGCGGCGCCGCUUCUAGACAUCGCCAAUGCUGCUCAUGUCUACGAUAUCACGGACCCACGGCGGAUUAACGCCUUCAUGGCGAUGGAUUCCAUCAGGAGACUCUCGGCCGACCGCACGCUCGGGCCUGCCAAAUUUGCCCAUCUCCCGGUGCUCAGAGUGCUUUUUAUCGUGGGGCAUGCUUUAGGGAGGAUCAAAAUGUACGGGAUUCGGCCCUUUUAUGCGUAUUUCAAGGAGAAAUACGCGGAAUUUUCCGCCAAGGCAAAGUCGAACCGGUCGGCCAAAACGACGAAUGAGGGGAUUUUCUACACCCACGAGGCAAUUCCACGGAUUCUUGCGCGCUGUGAGGAGCUCGUGGAGACCCCCAUGUUUAUGGGCCAUCCCAAACUCGACCACACGAUUGAUGAGCUCAUGGGAUUCUUUAAGCAAGCACUGCCAGACUCCAAGGUGAUUAUUUUUACCGAAUUUAGGGAAUCCGCGUUGGAUAUUGUCCGUGCGAUUGAGCUGGUGGGGAGAAACGCAGAAGCUGUCACAAGAGCCCUGGGAACUCCUCUGGAAAGUGCUAUUCAAGAUGACUUGAGGUCGCACAUUUUCAUUGGCCAGGCACCGGAAAAGGACAAAUUCGACGAGGCAAAGUACUUGGAAAAGAAGAAGAAAUCUUCGAAAAAGCUAAAACACUUCAACCCUGACGAGGAACUAGGCGAUGAGGUGGCGCCCAAGCCCAAAAGAGCUCCAAAGAAAAAGGACUCUGACAACCGGUCGAUGUCGCGACUCGAAAGCUCCUACGAUGCAAAUCUGAAGGGGAUGAGCCAGAAAAUGCAGAAGGAGUUGAUUCGGAAGUUCAAGGCAGGAGAGUACAACAUUUUGGUGGCAACUUCGAUUGGUGAGGAGGGGCUCGAUAUUGGAGAGGUCGACAUGAUCAUCUGCUAUGAUUCAACCCGCUCGCCUAUUAAGAACGUCCAGCGGAUGGGGCGUACGGGGCGUAAGCGGAACGGGAAGGUGGUUUUACUUUUUGCGGGGAACGAGGAGUCCAAGUUCGACGCUGCCAUGGCUGGGUAUGAGUAUAUCCAGAAUCAUAUUGUGAGCAGCAACGUGAUCCAGCUCAAGCCCAGCGAUAGAAUUAUCCCCAAUGGCCAUGAGCCUGUUUGUGAGAAGCGGUUCAUCGAGCUUCCUCAGGAAAGCGUAGAGAUCGCCAACGCAGCGGAGGAUGAGGACGAAAUAUUAAAGAUUGCCAUGGCGUACAUGAUGCCCAAACCAAAGAAAGGAAAGAAGGGAAAAGCUGAGCCGGCAAAAAAAUCGGUUAAACAAUUUUUCAUGCCCGACAAUGUGGAUACCGGGUUCAAAAGCGCCUCCAAGCUUGUGCAGAAAGUAGAGCCUCAGGUUGAGGCUGAUGAGAAUACCAGCUAUGUGAGCUUUGAUAGCUUUAUUAAAGAGAAGGAGGCAGGGUCAGACCUUUUGAAGCGGCCAUUCAACAUCCUCGAUGGUCUUUCGGAUGAGGAAGAUUUGAAUCAAAGCCCGGGGAAGCGGAAGCUUGUGUCUCCGGUGGAAGAAUCUCUCAAUCUUCUGAAUGGUCUGAAUGUCCUUCCUGCUUCAUCGCCUAAUAUUCCUGUUUCACCUAAUGACCCUCAUAUCGCAACACCUAAGAAUACCUCACACGUUUCAUCAUCUAAACCCGCCGUCACCGACUCAGUUAAGCCCAAGAAGACUGGCGCAUCGCUUGGCCCCAAAAAGGCGCCAACUGGACCCAACGUGCUUGAAUCUCUCCGCAUGGCGAAUAAGCUAAGGGUGGUGCGACCGACAGACGUCCCUGUGAUUCAGAAUCCCCAUAACACCUCCAUUGAUGACCCGAUGGUUAUCGACGAUGAAGAGGAAUUUAUUCAACCCGGUAACACGGAAUAUGGCGUGUCGAUUAACUUGUCAGACUCUGACGACGACGAGCUCGCUGCCAUGCUUCAAAGCCGGAUCGGCAGUGCCGUGAAGGCUACAAGCUUUAUCGAGGGCGUUGAGAAACUGCCAGUGAAACCUGCUGGGUUUGACGAGUUUGAUGAUAGCUUUGAUGAGUGGGAGGCCCCAGUAGAGGCGGCCAAAGUAGUCUCCCCCGUGAAUGUGCCCGAAAUCCUACCAAUGGCCAGUAAACCAGGGCUGACGCUGAAACGUGAGACCUAUUCCCAGGACGCGCUCUUCGAUAUCGACGGUACCAGAUCAAAACUAGCACUCACAAAGGCCGAAUCCACGGAUUUGUUCACCAAUUACUAUUACGACCUCGAGCCGGAGGAGGUGAUUGACUAUUUGACCCCGAAUAUCAGUGCCAGAAAGGAUAUCGACGUGGUGAAUAUCCCGCACCGAAGCGCCACCGCGCGCUACAUCGCCUGGACAAAGGCUGCACGGAGUAGAACAGCGCACCAGACACAAGAGUGGGAAAAUUCAGAUAAAUCUCACUUGCUGUUUGGUCAUAAUAACGGUAAUGUGGUUGUUGAAUAGUUUACUCUUUCCUUGAUGUAUAAUCCAAUAACUGCGAUGUAUCGAAGUAUUGGUAUCGUAUGUAGCACCAGUCUUG